GCAGGAGGGGACAGGGCAUCUGCAUGGGGGUGGGUUCUGGUCUAGGAGGGACAAGGUCCGGAGCCAGCAGAGCUGCAUGAAGGAUUGAAGGCUGCUGGGGAGGGCGGCAGGAGAGGAUGGAGGAUUCUGCCAGGUGGUGGGGGAGGGGAGUAUGAAUGUUAUUAGCCUGCUGACCGCUCAGCUCCUACUUAGCUGGACAGGCUUGUACUGAACAAGUACCUUCCCUCCAUGCAGUGGCUCUGUGAUAGCCAUGGUCAGACAGCCUUAAUAGGAAGUGAAGUGCUCUCAAGGCAGAUUUUUAGAGCUAGAAGGCAUCAGAGACCACUUGUCUACUAGAAAAAGCAAGAAGCAGAAUCUCAGAGAGUUCGGUGACUCUCCCAGGGCCAGGGCACCAAGGACGAGGAGAGCGACAACUCAGUCUGCUGACUCCCACAUGUGGAGGGAGCAGCUGGGACCUGAUAGUGGAUCCUGUGGGGGAGGAGGGCGUGCUGUGGGGACAGGAGCAGUCACGCUGCAGACACAGCGGACCCUCUAAGCUUCCAGACUCUGAGUGACUGAGUCAUUUUUCAGUCAUUGUUUUCUUUCAUGCCAGUGGCAUUUUGUAGCAGCUCUCUCUGUACUAAGUGUCUGCUGGGCUCUGGGUGAUGGAAGAGACCUUUCCAGAAACCACUCUAGGGAAGUUCAUGGCAACCCUGCAAGGUCUUGUGCACCCUAAGGUUUAGAGUCUCCUUACAUGAACAUGGCUGACCAUCAGGACAACACUCUGAGGAUCGUUCUGGUAGGGACGACUGGAAGAGGGAAAAGUGCCACAGCAAACACCAUCCUUGGGGCAAAAAUAUUUGCUUCUAAAAUUUCUGCGUAUCCAGUUACCAAGACUUGUCAAAAAGCAACCCGGAAAUGGAAGGGGAGAGACCUUCUCGUUAUUGACACCCCAGGGCUCUGUUACACCGACAGCCUGGGCACCACAUAUUCUAAAAUCAGCAAUUGCAUCAUCUUCUCCUGCCCAGGCCCUCACGCCAUUAUCGUGGUUUUGCAAGUGAGCCGCUUCACAGUGGAAGAGCAGAAAACAAUUGCACUGAUCAAGGCUGUCUUUGGGGAGCCAGCCAUGAAGUACAUGAUCAUCUUGUUCACUCGCAAGGAUGAGCUGGAAAAUCAGAGCCUCAGUGACUUUAUAGAAGAGUCAGAUGAGAAGCUAAAAACGGUCGUUAAGGAGUGUGGGAAUCGCUGCUGUGCCUUCGACAACAAAGCAGGCGAGGCUGAGAAGGAAGGUCAAGUGCAGGAGCUGGUGGAGCUGAUAGAGACCACGGUGCAGGGAGGGGCAUACUUCUCUGAUGACACUUACAAGGAAACAGAGGAAAGUCUGAGACGACAGGCAGAAGUUCUGAAGAAAUCCUACACUGAUCAACUAAAUGCAGACAUUCUUCAAGUAGAGAAGAAAUGUGAUAAAUUAAAGCAGGAAAAGGAGGAAAAAAUAAGAUCACUAAAGAUGGAAUAUGACAAAAAAAUAAGAAAUAUAAGGGUGGAAGCCGAGAGGAAUGUAUUCACAGAUGUUUUAAAGGUGCUGAAGGGGAUGCUUUCAGGAAUAUGGCAUAUGUUUUCGAAAUAAUCUAAAUUCCAUUGUUUCUUUUAAUUUGUUGUGAUUUGCUAAUGUGGGGAUAUAUAUUUUACAAAGUGGCUACAAAAAUAUCUCCCAUCCAAGACUUACUGAGGUACAACUGACAAAUAAAACUUGUGAUAUUUUGAUA